GAUGUUGAAUCCAUGAGCCUUGCCAAGCUAAUUUCCAAGAAGGAAGAGAUAAAGUCGUUGCUAAUAGAAUACGAUAGGUGGUUCUACGAACAGCACCGUCGCAAACCUCGAAAACCUGAAAAGGAACGGAUACGACCUUACUACGAGUACUACCAUGCGACAAAGAAACGAAUUGCAGCAUUGGACAAAUGUGGCGGCUUGGAUGGAAGUUGGGUGGUCGUCGUCAGUAGCGGGUCCUCGUACGUUCCAGGAACGAAUGUUCCGCAGCGGCGACGGUAUGACAUUUUGGCCGAACUGGACGACCUUUCGCAACUCAAGGCAGAGUUGUUCUUGUUGCGUUCCUCGCUGCGAGUGUUUGAGAAGGAUUUCGUCAAGACUCAUGGGCGUCAAGUGUCCACGCCUUCGGACAUUAAACCAAAACAAAAAGAGUACGCGAGAUACAAGAAGGUGGCGAAAAUGAUCAAGAUGAUGGAGGCGCCCUAGCGGAAGGCAGACAGAUUAUCUAUUUUCAAAACCAUGCAAGAGUGUGCGUGGCAGCUUGCCUCGACACCAAGGAAACGAGCUACUGCGCCGUACCGGUAUGCAUAAAUGUUACCCAAUAACUCUACUUCUAGAUAGAAACACCCACUGUGUCAAGCCGUGCAUUGUUUGCUGCCUCUUUCCUACUGUGCUGGUACCUAGCAAGCAAGUAAGUACUAGUAUUGCCCUCUCGACCGAGCAUUCUCGCCUGCUUACCGGUAGCGCCAUAGUUCAUCCGAAAUUAAACUGUUUCCUCUGCCUUCCAC